GCUGCGAGUAGUUCUCGGCGAUAUUGACGUAUUUUCUCCCACUGAGCGAAGACAUGACCGCUAAAAGACGCCUGAAGAUCCCUAUUGAUUCAGAUGAUCAGAGUCAUUUAUACUUCUCACUUAACAUGGUCGCUCGCAGUACUAACUUCUGAAUUGACGCGUGGAAAAAGUGGCCUCAGAGUAAAAUUUCAAUAUAAUCUAUUUGCUGCAAAGCUUAAUACCAUUUAAUGAAUGACUGAAAUGGAAGAUUACGAUUAUUUUUCAAAUGACACGGAAAACUUUUUCGAUUAUAUAAAUGGCGAAAGUUCCUUUUACCUCGAAGAUUUGGACUCGCUCAAAGAACCAUGGACUGUGAAUGAUGGGCAUUUCUUGCCAACUAUUCUCGUGUAUGGGCUAACGUUUGUGAUCGGCCUGACAGGAAAUAUCCUAGUGGUAUACGCUGUCGUGUGCAGUCGAAAAAUAAGAUCCAUCACUGCAUCCUUUAUGAUUAGUCUUGCAGUUGCAGACAUUCUUUUCCUGAUAGUAUGUGUUCCUUAUAACACUAUAGAGUUUGUAAAACUAGAGUGGCAGUUGGGUCCGAGCAUGUGCAAAAUAUCCAACUUUACGGAGAUGCUAUCAGCGUUUAGUUCCAUUCUUAAUUUAUCAGCGAUAAGCGUCGAAAGAUUUAUUGUGAUUGUUCUACCAAUGAAAAGCAGAAGCUGGUGUACAUCAGGAAACACUCACAAGAUCUUGGCAACUGUCUGGAUAGCGUCCAUAGUUUUAUCUUCACCAGCAUUCUAUGUCAUGAAAAUGGGCUAUAGAAAAUUUCACAACAAUCACACCAGCGUGACUUUGAAAUUCUGCAAUGAUGAGAGCGUCCCCAAAGAGAUCAGGACACUAUUUAGCUUCUACAAACUUAUCCUGAUGUUCACCGUUCCUACGGCCAUUAUGAUUAUCUGCUACACGGGUGUCAUUUACGCCCUUUGGAUCAGCUCAGCUCAACUCAGUAAACUAACCUCCGUGCCAAGAGAGCAGGGCAGCUGUAGAAUGAGCAGACAGUUGGUGAGGUACUCCAGCGUGUAUUCGAAUGGUACUUCGACUGCACCAUGCUGUAAACACCACAGUAGGUCCUCACGUCACAAUCAUUCCCUCAACGCCAGAAAACAGAUAAUAAAAAUGCUCAUUGCCGUGGUGGUCGUCUUUCUUCUCUGUUGGGGCCCAAAGGUGAUAUUUGAUGUCAUCAGAAAAAUGACACCGGAAUCACUUUUCUUCGAAGAAGCCUUUACAAUACAGGUUGUCAUUGAAUGUUUGCCGUACAUUCAGUCAUGCCUCAAUCCAUUUGUUUAUUGCUUCAUGUCGAAAAAAUUUCGAGAAAGUGUACGCGCCUCUUGCCGAAAAACGAAUCCAGCAUGCCAUGUUCGGGCAUGUUUUUGCCACUUAGGCGUGCCAGAGAAUGACCGUUCGCAACAAUAUGAGCUGGAAUCUAAAGUAAGUCAGGGCACUGGCCAGAGCCGAGUGACCAUAAACAGACCCAGUACGAGUCGAUCGGCAUCAUCCACCGAGGACCAGUUUACCUCGGACAUUAAAAAGAACCAGGUCUUUUGAAUAUCUGGUUUAGAAAAGUAUCCAAGAAUUCCACCUUACUAUUUCAUAUAUACAUAUUUUUGGGGAGUGGGGUGGGUAACACUUGUUAUUUAUUCUAACAUGUCUGUUUUAACCUUAAGGUUGUGAAAAAUAUUCGUUUUUGUCUGUGUAAGUAUUAAGAAAAGGACAUCUUCAUAGUCGAUGUUGCAAGGAAGAUCAUCUUCAUGUAACUAAUUUUUUAAAUAACAUACUAAAUGUUGAGUACGCUUUGUGGUCUUCAUUGGCAUUAGCCUUGGCAUUAAAGAAACGAUGUAUACAGUUACAUUUAUUGUAAAAAAAAAAAAAUUAUUAGUACUUGAUAUUAUAUGUACUGUUUGUUUAUGUGUGUAUAUUUUUGUGAACUUACCUUGAAAUGUUUGACUACUAAUUAUAAAUUCCAAAUGAAUUGUUUAUCAGUCUAAAUAAAGAAUUGGCAAAUUAGUUUAAGUGUAGUCAUGUCAUUAAUCAUAUACUUGUAGUAUUUAUUAUUCGUUCGACACUAACCUUAGAGUCAGCUUUUAAAUGUUAUUUAAAUGCCUAUGAUAUCUUUGAUUUUUGAAAUAUGAAAAAUAUUUAAUAUAUUAAUAUUCAUAACAUUUAUACUUAUAAAUGAAGACAUUAUACCAAUAAACUACGAAUUACCAGAGUAACUGCUUAUAUCUUUCAUAUUUCAACACUGAUGUGUGAGAUGAUGUCCGUAAACUAUACUUAGAUUUUAUCUGAUAUGUAAUAAUUCUAAUAUUAUUAAAACAUACCUACA